AUGACGCAUGCGCAGAGUGGCCAGCGGGUGAGCAGCGGCAUGGCUUCUCAGGCGAAGCGGAGAAAAGCGGUAGGGCCGCCCGAUGCCCUGCAGGAGGAAGGGGAAGAGUCAGACUCGGAGCUGGAUAGCGAAGAGGAAGAUGAAGAAGAUGAUGAUGAAGAAGAAGAGAUCAAUGAGGAAAUAAAUGUUGAAUUUGAAGCGCAUUCCAUAUCUGAUAAUGAUAAAAAUGGGAUUAAAAAAUUACUGCAACAGCUGUUUCUGAAGGCGCCUAUUAAUACAGCUGAUCUGACUGAUAUAUUGAUACAGCAAAAUCACAUUGGGAGUGUUAUCAAGCAAGCAGAAGUUUUAGAAGAAAGUGAUGAUGAUGAUGAAGUUGAUGCUGAUGAGGUUUUUGGCUUCAUAAGCCUUUUAAACUUAACUGAAAGGAAGGGUACGGAGUGCGCUGAGCAAAUUAAAGAGCUGGUCUUAAGCCAAUCUGAGAAGAACUGCGAGCAGAGUUUGGUUGAACAGCUGGAUAAACUCUUAAGUGACACCACCAAACCCGUGGGCUUCCUCCUCAGUGAAAGGUUCAUUAACGUCCCACCCCAGAUUGCUUUACCCAUGCACCAGCAACUGCAAAAAGAACUGACAGAAGCUCAGAAGACAAACAAACCUUGUGGAAAAUGCUACUUCUAUCUUUUAAUCAGUAAGACUUUUAUUGAUAAGAAAGCUCAUGCUAGAAAAAAAGGGAGCAGCACCCACCAGAAAGAUGAAUUGAUGUUUUCAAAUGCUGAGGAAGAAUUCUUUUAUGAAAAAGCACUUCUAAAAUUCAGUUAUUCUGUUGAAGAGGAGAGUGAUUCAUGUUUGGGAGGCAGAUGGUCUUUUGAAGAUGUGCCGAUGAAACCUUUGCGAACAGUGAUGGUAAUCCCUGCUGACAGGAUGGAUGCUAUCAUGGAUAAACUCAAAGAAUAUCUUUCCGUCUGAACCAUUUUUUCUCCAUAAUGGUUUUAUGCAAAGCCACGUUUUAAGACUUUGACUUUUGAGAAGAGUCUAGACCUGCUUCUUUCAAUUCUGCAUUCAUUCAGGAUUUCCUCUGUAUUCUUGUUAAAUAUGACAUUUAUGCAACUAGCCACCUGCAACACCUUUCUUUGUAGUGCAAUUUAAAAAAUUCAAACCUAAUUGUUAUUAAAUAAUGCUGAAUGCUUUUCUAAAGAAGUAAAUACUUUUCCACAGAAGUCUAGACUGUUUCCAUGUUGUCAAAUAUAAUAGAGGAAUUCUUAUUAUUGAUGUUUUGUCUCUGUGAUAAAAUACCUCAAACCCCAUAUAUAAAAGGAGAUGCCGUAUUAUGGCUUGUACAUAAAGAUUACGGAAGCUUCAAUGUUGUUUGGGAUAGGAAACAUAUUGAAUAAUACAUCAAGUGCUUCAAGAUA